UCUUUCCCAGAACUUAAAGUAAAAUAAAAUAUAAAAAUUUAAAAAAGAAAAUCAGACUUACAAACAUAGCAAUGUUAUUAAUUACUUUCUUGAACAAAAAUUUAUUUUGGCCAUUUUUAAAAAAAGAAAAAUCGUUUGCUGGGCUUUCUGCUUUGGGGAUGUGAUAUAAGUUACAGCAGGUAUCUGACUUCAAAUAAUUUAGAGCUCAGCAGGAGAGACGGGGGAAGACAGCUAGUUAUGACAGCGACAGUGUAGUGUGAUAAAGAACUUUUCCCAAAUCCCACAGUUUACUACUGACAAAUCCAUGAACUUGCAUGUUUCUACCCUUUGCAAAAGUAUUUAAGACAAAGUAAGUUUUGAAUCAACCCUCAGUAGUUCACAGACUUCUUGAAAAGAUAAGACAGCCAUCCAAAAUGAAGCGCUUGGCAGAUGGUGCCUGACACCCUGAAGAAACUCUAGGAUGCAUGGUGUGCACAAUGAAGUCCUGGCAUGGUGCAGAGAAAACGAGUUUGGGGUGAAAUCAUGCACUCAGGGAUGUUAAGAUUUAGGGAGGAUUCGAAGAACUACCCCUUACUUGCAAAUAUGUUUUUUUCUAAUAUUUAACAGAUUAAAUGAGAGUUAAUUUCUGACUUCUUAAACACCUUCAUAGUUGAACACAUUACAGCCUCUCUCUCUCUCUCUUUUUUUUUUUUUUUUACCUUUUAUUAACUGUUUCUCUGGGCAUAUCUCUUCUGUGUUAUCAUGUAUACUCUACUACAACCUGAGACUACAUCUGUGAUCAGUCUUUGCUCAGAGAAUAUCAAAAAGGAGAAGUGAAUUGCCACCCUAAGUAAAAAUUAACUGUUAAAGCAGUUUUAGUCAGUUGAAGAACAGCAUUCCAGGAAGUAGAUAAGAGGAUUCCUUCAGAACUGUCUCCAAUCAAAGGGUAAGAUGACAGGGAGAUGGGGAGGAGAAGACUCCAUCAUGAUUCCUCAGCACAGUUUAAACAAGAAAUACAUUUAUUGAAUAAACAAUCCUUUCCUUGUUUCUUUUUGCUGUUGUUGUUGACUUUGUUGAGUAUCCGUUGGUUAUAGGUGUGUGGCUUUAUUUUGGGGUUCUCUAUUCUGUUCCAUUGGGCUAUGUGUCUGUUUUUUUUGUACCAAUACCUUGCUGUUGUGGUUACUGCAGACUUCUAGCAUAGCUUGAAGUCCAGUAAUGUGAUGCAUCCAUCUUUGUGAAAAGCAGUUUGGAGAUUUACCAAAUAACUAAAAAAAGAACUAUCAUUUGUCCAAGCAUCCCAUUACUGACUGAAUCCUCAAAGGAAAAUGUACUGUUCUAUCAAAAAGACAUGUGCUUUCAAAUGUUUGUCGCAGCACUAUUCACUGUAGCCAAAAUAAUAGAAUCAACCCAGGUGUCCAUCAAUGGUGGAUUGGAUUUAAAAAAAUGUGGUACACACCUACUAUGGAAUGUUACACAGCCAUAAAAAUGAAACCCUGCCCUUUGCAGCAACAUGGAUGCAACUGGAGGCCAUUAUUCUAAGCAAAUUAAUGCAGAAACAGAAAACCAAAUAUCACAUAAUCUCACUUGUAAGUUCUAGCUAAAUAUUGUGUACACAUGGACAUAAAGACGGGAAUAACAGACACAGGGAACUACCAGAGGGAGGAGUGAAGGAAGAAGGCAAGAGCUGAAAAACUAUGUACUGGGUGCUAUUCUCACUACCUAGGUGAUAGGUUAAAUUGUACUACAAACCUGUGCAUCACCUAAUAUACUCUUGUAACAAACCUGCAUAUGUACCCCUGAAACUCAAAUAAAAAUGGAAAUGAAAAAUAAAGAAACCCAAGAUAUACAAAAUAUUUGGUUAAUUCUUAUGGGAAGAUGCAAGGAAACUAGUUAGAUUUUACUCAUUCAGGACAUGUGUUUUUAGAUGAGCAGAGGUAGAAAAACUGACAGAUCAGAAGAGAGGGAUGAAUACAAGAAGAUGUGGGGCUAUGGAGAGAGAAAAGGAAAAAGAAAACCAGGCUGAGGUUUCAACCCACAAAACAAUGUUUUGUCAUUUGCAUUUUUUUUCCCCAGGGAAGAAUCUAGAGUUCAAGAAUAGAAAGCCAAUUUGCUUACUACAGGGAACUUCCCAAUGAUGAAACUAGAGGUUCCCAGAAGCAACUUCCCAUAAUCUGUUAUCACUUGUCCCCACUCCCUGCAAUAAGGAAGUACCUGGUGUAUUUUAUUUCUGAGUCUGAGGCACUUUCCAGUGCUGUACGAAGAGACAGAGGCUGUUAGCUAUGGCUGAAGACAGCGGCAAAAAAAAAAGGCGUAAGAAUUUUGAAGCUAUGUUCAAAGGUAUCCUUCAGAGUGGAUUGGAUAACUUGGUGAUAAACCACAUGCUAAAGAACAACGUGGCUGGACAAACAUCUAUCCAGACCCUAGUACCUAAUACGGAUCAAAAGUCGACCAGUGUAAAAAAAGACAACCACAAAAAAAAAAACACAGUUAAGAUGUUGGAAUACCUGGGCAAAGAUGUUCUUCAUGGUGUUUUUAAUUAUCUGGCAAAACACGAUGUUCUGACAUUGAAGGAAGAGGAAAAGAAAAAAUAUUAUGAUGCCAAAAUUGAAGACAAGGCCCUGAUCUUGGUAGACUCUUUGCGAAAGAAUCGCGUGGCUCAUCAAAUGUUUACCCAAACACUUCUCAAUAUGGACCAAAAGAUCACCAGUGUAAAACCUCUUCUGCAAAUCGAGGCUGGACCACCUGAGUCAGCAGAAUCUACAAAUAUACUCAAACUUUGUCCUCGUGAAGAAUUCCUGAGACUGUGUAAAAAAAAUCAUGAUGAGAUCUAUCCAAUAAAAAAGAGAGAGGACCGCAGACGCCUGGCUCUCAUCAUAUGCAAUACAAAGUUUGAUCACCUGCCUGCAAGGAAUGGGGCUCACUUUGACAUCCUGGGGAUGAAAAGGCUGCUUCAAGGCCUGGGCUACACUGUGAUUGACGAAAAGAAUCUCACAGCCAGGGAUAUGGAGUCAGCGCUGAGGGCAUUUGCUGCCAGACCAGAGCACAAGUCCUCUGACAGCACGUUCUUGGUACUCAUGUCUCAUGGCAUCCUAGAGGGAAUCUGUGGAACUGCGCAUAAAAAGAAAAAACCGGAUGUGCUGCUUUAUGACACUAUCUUCCAGAUAUUCAACAACCGCAACUGCCUCAGUCUAAAGGACAAACCCAAGGUCAUCAUUGUCCAGGCCUGCAGAGGUGAAAAACUUGGGGAACUCUGGGUCAGAGACUCUCCAGCAUCCUUGGCAGUCAUCUCUUCACAGUCAUCUGAGAACCUGGAGGCAGAUUCUGUUUGCAAGAUCCACGAGGAGAAGGACUUCAUUGCUUUCUGUUCUUCAACACCACAUAACGUGUCCUGGAGAGACUGCACAAGGGGCUCCAUCUUCAUUACGGAACUCAUCACAUGCUUCCAGAAAUAUUCUUGCUGCUGCCACCUAAUGGAAAUAUUUCGGAAGGUACAGAAAUCAUUUGAAGUUCCACAGGCUAAAGCCCAGAUGCCCACCAUAGAACGAGCAACCUUGACAAGAGAUUUCUACCUCUUUCCUGGCAAUUGAAAAUGAAACCACAGGCAGCCCAGCCCUCCUCUGUCAACAUCAAAGAGCACAUUUACCAGUAUAGCUUGCAUAGUCAACAUUUGGUAUUUCAAUAAAAGUAAAGACUGUAUCUUUUUAGAUUGUAUGAACUGUAUCUUUUUAGAUUCUCUAAUAGACAAUAUAAUUUCAAUGAAAACGGUGGACGAGUGAAAAUGAAGUGGAAGAAACUAACUAGAUUUUUGAGUUUUAUGGCUCAUGUAACAUCUAUACUUGGCUGAUGAAGACGACUGGCUGUGACUUACCGCCAACAAUAGAAUGAAAGAAGAUGGUGUUAAAAGUAUAAGAUACCACCUCAUACCCAUUAGUAUUUACCCAUGGGUAAAAGAAAAAAAUAAAAAUGGGUAGAAGAUUUGGAUAGAUAUUUCUCAAAAGAAAACAUAAAAACAACAAACAGGCUUAUGAAAAGAUAUUCAGCACCAUUGAUCAUCAGAGAAAUGCAAAUCAAAACUCCAAUGAUACAUCAUCUCACCCCAGUUAAAAUGACUUUUAUCCAAAUGAUAGGCAAUAACCAGUGCUGGUGAGGAUGCAGAGAAAAGGAAACAUUCAUACACUGUUGGGAAUGUAAAUUAGUACAACCACUAUGAAGAAGAGUUUGGAGCCUUCUCAAAAAAACUAAAGAUAAAGCUACCAUAUAAUCCAGCAAUUCCACUUCGGGGUAUGUAGCCAGAAGAAAGAAAAUCAGUAUAUUGAAGAGACAUCUGCACUUCCAUAUUUUUUUGCAGCACUGUUUACAUCAGCUAAGAUUUGGAAGCAGUCUAACUGUCCAUCAACAGAUGAAUGGAUAAAAAAAAAUAUGGUACAUAUACACAAUGCAGUACUAUUCAGCCAUAAGAAAGACUGAGAUUCUGUCAUUUGCAGAAAAUACAAGGGUUAAGGAUAACAAGAGCUAGUAUUUGUUAGUAUCUACUGUUUUAUUCCAUUUGGACAGCUGGAACAAAAUGCCAUAAACUGAGUAGCUUAUAAAUGAUUGAAAUUCAUUUCUCACAAUUCUAGAGGCUGGGAAGUCCAGGAUCAAGGCAUUGGAAGAUCUAGAUCUGGUGAGGGCCCACUUUCUAAUUUCUGUAUGGCAUCUUAUAACUUUGUCCUCACAUGGUAGUAGUAAAGAGCUACCUCUCUGGGGUCUCUAUUAUAAAAGCACUUAUUCUAGUUAUGAAGGCUCUGCUCUCAUAACCUAAUCACCUCCCAAAGGCCCCACCUCCAAAUGCCAUAACCUUGGGGGUUAGGAUUUUAACCAUAUGAAUUUUAGAGGGAAAAUAAAGAUUCAGACAAUAGCACAUAGCAUCUACUGUAAAGCCUACUUCACAUGAAAAGGUAAAGAAAUGCUGUGCCAAAAAGCAUAGGUUUUCAUUUCUUAGACACACUGAUGAAAAUUCCAGGUUGGCUACUUUCCAAUUGUGUGAUUUCAGAGGUUAUUCUACAGCCUGCAGUCUGAUUUUCUUCUGUAAAACGGGAGAAAUAAAGGUACUCAUCUCAUGGGUCUGCCUCUUGGAAUGUGGUAGGAUUGUACCCAUCUCCUUUCAAGGUUGCUGUAGCUACAUAACUUACUUUCACUAAUGCCACAUAAGCAGAGGUAGUAUGUGAGCUUCCAUUUGAGAUAAUGGGUUUGAAACCAGAACACCAUUUGUUAUUUGCCAUUUCUCUGCCAUGGUAAAGCCAUGUGUCAAAAUGGAUCUUCCAUUAUUCCAGUUCUCUAAAAAGUACAAUGAUCAGAGCUACCUGUUGACUACAUUAGGCAGAAAGUUAAUAGUAAACCUGGUGAUAUUUGCAGCCUAUAUAUUUUGAUUGAUAUCCUACUGAUAAAUAGAACUCAAACCAAAAUUGUCUGAUUCUUUUUUUAAAAAAAGUGCUUUUUUACCCUCUAUAUUGUGUCCACUAUUAAAAACAAUAAUUUAUUUAAGGCAUUGUGCUGAGCAUCUGCUAUACAAAUUGAGAAAAAUCUCUAGUACAUGCUUUCAUGGUGCUUUUGAACUUCAGAAAAAAAUUGCAUGUCAGAAGUAUCUACCCUAUAUGAAAGAAUAUAAAGCAUCUUUUUAUUAAAUGGCUUAAUCAAUAUUUGCUACAGGAGAUCAAAUGGAGGGAAAUAUUUGGAUUCAAUUCAUUACAGAAAUCUUCAGGAUGUAGAGGAUUAGUAAAUUGUUCUGAGUAACAUGUUUUACAUCUUCCAUAGCAACUUCUUUCAGUUGAAAUGACCAAUUUAUUAAUCCAAGCAGAGGCUUGAAAUAUUCUUAACUGAUUAGGCUUGUCGUCUCAGCUUCUGCAGUUGCUAUGACAGAAACCUACCAGACCUAAAGGAGGAUAAGAAUUAUGGAAAAGAUGCACUGAGAUGACCCACAAGGGAAGUAAGAGGUUCCUGCAGCUGAAUUGUAUACCCACAGGUGCAAAAUGAGCUUAGUGAAAUUUGUCGCUGAAAUUUUGAGAUCAUUUGUUAUAUGGCAGUCUUGUGGCAAUAACAGACUGAUACAUUAUGAGAUGUAAUUUUUGAGGCUUCUAAAUCUGUGAGAGAAUCAUAGUUCAUUUUGAUGUAGAAUUUAUGGGUCAAUAACAGUAUGUUGAAUUUUUCCUUGGCACUGAACAAGGCUGAGACAGAUAUUUCUGGAGUCUAAGACACAAAUAUUGGUUUCUGCCAAAGACUAUGAUUAGUCUUACAUAUAGUUUAACUUGUUUGGGAUAUUAAGUAUCCUAUAAAUAGGUCUGUAUUUUUGCACUUUAAGGCCAUACACUUUUUAUAAAGAACAAAACCCUAAAUGGAAGUGUGGAGCAUGGUAUACUUACAAAGUUUUCAUGAUGGGAUUAGUUCCCACAAAAUCAUUUUAUAAGUGUCGAAUGUAAUUAUGGGAAAAAAUGAUGCAAAAAUUAAAACAAGAUAAGCAAAAUUAUGUAUUUUGUAUCAUUUGGCUUUUUUUCUGAUUUGGCUCAGAAUAACUUUGAUAAAAACAAAUAUUUUUUAGUUAAAUUUUGUGCACUAUAGGGGAAAUAUGGAAAAAUUAAAUAUGUUUAAAUUUAAGUAAGUGCUCUUUAAAAAGAGUACAGUGGCACAUACUCUUUUUAAAUUCAAUACAAUAAGCGCAAUAAAUAUUGAAUAUUUCAAACAAUAAAGGUGUGAAAUAAACCAAGUAAUGGUCACAUGUUUGGGGACACAUACAAAAUGCAUCUUAUAUGUGCCAUUUGCUCACUAAUAGAUUUCUUACAGAAACUAGUACUCUUAUCUGUGUUAUAUACUUCCUUGAAAGGCAUAAAGAGUAGAAUUUAUGUUUUAGCUACCCAAAUAUUUUCAAAAGGUGACUGUCCUUUAUUUAUGUAAAAAAGAAAUCAAGUAAUAUAAUUUCUGUGUUUAUAGUUUCAGUACUCCUUUUAUUCCUUAGAACUAUUCUAGUCAAUUACUAAUAACAGUAUUUUCUAGGCUACUUAAACCACUUUAACAUCAAAGACUUGUUGGGUGUCUAGUAUUAGUCUAAGUCCUUUGACCCUUCACAAGAACCAUGAGACUAUAUAGAACUCUAUAAAAACUGAGUUCCUGUUUCAUACAUAAAAUUUUCUACUGUACCUGUCUCCUUGCAUAUCUAAUUGGUAGCUCAAAUUUAAGGAAUUUAAAAUAAAAUUUCUAAUUUCUCAUUACUUUUUCUUUCUCUGAGUCCUUCCAAAACAAGCUUAUUAAGCCCAUUCUUUCCCAGUUUGAUGAUGGCAUCACUAUCUGCUUAGUUGCUUGAAGAAAACUAAACAAAAUAAUUACAUACACAGGAAAACUUUGCAUUUGUUCUCUGUUCUGGCCAAACAUAUUUCUUCUAGUUCCCUACUCAGAUAGCUUCCCCAGUUAUCCUCUAUCUUAUUACCCCUCAUAUAUUUUCUGGAACUUAUCUGAAAGACGAGUUCUACACUUAUAGCUGUUAAAGGAAGUUAAAAUUGCAUAUGAAGCCUGAUACAUAUUCUGAAGGAUUGUUCAAUUUAGUUGUGGAAAUACAGUCUAAUACGCAAAUUCCUUUUUUUAUUUUUUGUUUUGUACAUGUAAUUGUGUGCUAAGACUAGGCUACAUGCAGGACAUAUGAUGCACAAUUAAAGGAGACCUGGUUACUAAACCUUAUGGUAUUUACAGUCAGGCCAUAAAGGCAGACAUUAAUUGGGAGAAAAAAUGCAGGUACAAUGUAGCAGGAAUAAAUAAUGAUUGUCCACUGUGAUAAAAACCUUUAAAGAAACAUUUAUGCUCACAUUUGAAAAACUAAGGAAUGCAAAUCAAGGGUAAAAGAGGAACAUUCUAGACAAGAGAAGCAGUGUGUAUGGGGAACUUACAGACAAAACAGAGCUUCAGAGAGAGGGCUUAGUAGCUGGAACACAGUGUCAGAAGAGAUGCCAACAGGGAGGCUGGGGGGUGAGGGAGGGACCAGAAUAUCUGAGGCCUUAUAUGUUCCUUCUUACUAAUAGUAAUAAGAAAUUCUGGAGGGCUGUAAGCAAUUAAGUGAUAAAAUUUUCAUUUUUAAAGAAUCACUCUGGGAGCUCUGUGGGGAAUGGACUAUAGCCCAGCAAGAGUGGAUGUAGGGGGACAGGUUAAGUGCUAGUACAAUAUUGCAAACCAUGGGUGAUAAUGAUAGCCCUAAAAGAACCAAGUAAUAAAUGUUAACUGCAUAUUAUUAUUAUUAUUAUUAAUUUUAUUUCCACUUUGCUCGCAGUGUUACAGUAUAGGGCAUAGAGAUAUAGGUAGAGAAUAGAGGACAUAGUAUAGAGAAUAGAGAAUGGUUGGGACAAGAAAUUCACAUAGUAAAGCUGACAGUGUAUUUGCCUGUAACUUUCAUGUACAUCACAACAUUCAACUUAUAAAAUGAUCUAACAUGUGUCAUGAGUCUCUCUGGACCAUGGAAAUUUCACUAGUUCACUUGAGGGGAGAUUAUUAAUAUCAGUGAGAAAUAAAUUUGAAAAAAUUUCAGAAACAUAUUAAGGGAAUAUUAUUGAAUUUGCACAAAUAUCUAUCAUUCUGGGAUGAAGAACACAUUCUUAUUAACCUUCUCCUUCAAUUUAAGCAGAUUAAAAGACCUUGUGAGUUCCAGCAUGUCUCUGACCCCUAUUCCUCCCAAGUUCUAAAUAGAUUCCUCUGAGAUGUCACUGAUUCAUCUCAAGCCUGGAACUUGGGUUCAUUCUUCCUGGCUUGGCCGAUUGUUCACCUAACCCCUUUGCUGUGACAAAUCUUAGCAAAACUAGAGGUCCUUGGCCCCCUCAUAGUUUUCUUCAAAGCCAAAGUCAGCACUGAGUUAGGCAACUUUACUUUCAGACACCUGUGUUGCCUCAGGAGCCACCUUGACAUACAUAUGUCAAGAGAAUUACUGAUUCUAUAUCUGAUGAUGUCCUGAUUCCACUUUCACAGUACAAAGCAGAGAUCAAAGAUGUCACUCACAGAUACUCAUCUAUUCUGCCUUAGCUAUUAAAUAACUGUCUAGUCAUUCAUGUGAAGAGCCUCUUGUUUCCCAAGUGAUGUGUGUGGUUUCAAAAGACACAUCUUGAACAGGAUUUAUUAUCAAUCAGUCAGGCAUAUGGAAAAAAAAAUCAGUGAAGAGUAUCCAACACAUUGGGGUAAAGUUCUUCAGAGAUGAUAAGCGACUAUUUAAAUAUCAAUCUUUCUUUAGGCCCACUCUUUGGAAAUUACCUCAGUACACAAGAUUCUUAAGAAGUGUUUUCUCCCUUCCUAGGUAAGAAAUAGCAUUCUUUGAAUCCCAUCUUCCUUGAUAUUAAAUACAUAUGGUAAACCCAGGAUGAGAGAGUAAUAGGUAAUUCUCAUAGAUUGAUCAUAUACUUUUUUCUCUUCUUAAUCUAGUCUGCUUCCACAGAGGCUAUUCUCACAGUUUCACUACCCCUGUGUAUAUGUCUGUAUAAACAAAUUUGAAUUUGUGUAUUAAAUCCUGAUUACCCACUAAAGUGCCAGACUUCAUAAUUCAAGUGACUACUGAACAUACUCACUCACAUCUCCCAGAGACGCCUUUGCCUGAACAUUCCCACAGCUGAACGUGCCAUUCUUCCCCAGUGCUGCUUCUCUUUCAGUUUCUUCUAUCUUGGUUAACGAUGUCACCAUCACCAAUUAUUCAAACCAGAAACCUGAAACUCAUCUUGAGCUCUUUCUUCUAACUCACCUCCAACAUUGAAGCCAUUGUCAGGUUUAUGGAUCUACUGUUCCAACUUGAAUCUGUCUCUCCACUUCUGCUAAUAUGCUUCAGAGCCCCUUUUCCUAAAGUUCCCUGUAAUUCUUUAGCCAUAACUCUUACCAAAUGUUUUGGUAAUUUAAAAAAUAAAUUCAAUUUCCUCCAUUGGACUUUAAGCUUUGAGGUAAAAUUUCAAAAUGUCUGACUUAUUCAUAAGUAUGAUCUCAUUUAACGGUUGGUUGCCUUGCAUUUGAUAAAUAUUUGUUAAAAGAACACUUCACUAAAUAAUUUCAUUAGAAUUAUUGUUACCAGGCCACUAGAAAAAUAUUGAUCACAUGCCAACUGUAUUCAAUACCACGUUCUAUGGACUGGAUAGAGAAAAAUGAACAAGACAGCAUUCCCAUUUUUAUUGCACUCACAUGAAUACAUAAACCAUAAGUGAAAAUGUAAUUAAAAAUCUCUAUCCUGAAAUUAAAGCAUUCCAAUAAUUUAGGGAUAUAAAUGAGACUACACAGGCCUGUAUGUGUUAAUGUGGGUUGUUUUAACAAAGUCAAACAUUUAUAAUCACUCAGAUAUGGUAAAAGCUUAUUUCUCAUUCAUGAAAAUUCUAAAAUUGCUAUUCCUGAUUAGUGGACAGCUCUUCUCCAAGUGCUAACCCAGAUGCUUAGAACUCUUCUAUUCUAUGGCUCUGAUAAUCUGCAACAUGGCAAUGUUAAAAUAACUGUGAUGAUAACCAUCCAGUUAGUGGCAUUGGAAAUAAUACGGAGGAUCAUCUUUAGGAGAUUUUUCUAGGCUCACCCCAUACUUGUGCUUGCAUUCCACUAGUUAGAAACCAGUGAUAUGGUCAUGCCUAACUACUAGAGUCAUUGGCAACAUAGACUAGCUGAGUGCCCAGGAAACAUAGAAGUGUCUUGUUGGGUCUCAGUGUAGACACUGAGAGUGUCUGGCUAGUCGCUGCCACAAAAAUGUAGGCAUAAAACUUUUUAUUCCAUAAAAUAUUCAGGGUACUAAAGGAAAUACUUAUGUCCCAGAUGACAAGAAAGAUCUUAAAAAUGUUUCAGUCCUCUACCCUGAAAAUCAUGAUCUAAACUUUAUUGAGUCCUAACACAGUCAACAUGUGCUGGGUUUUGGUUAGAAAAAUUUAUGUUUGUGAGGUCAGCUUCUUGCUUACCAAAUUGUCAGUGUUUUAUUUGUCCUAGAACAGGGUACAACUCUAAAAUAUUUUUUUUCCAAAAGUGACUCUUUCUCUUAAAAUAAAAGGAUUUUAUAUUUGAAAGAAAUUGUGAAGCCAGGAAAGCAAUUUUUUCCACAAAGUUUAGAUAUUACUUUCCGGUUGGUUUUUUUUUUUUUUUUUGAGACAUGGUCAUGCUCUGUUGUCUAGGCUGGAGUGCAGUGGCAUGAACGCAGUUCACUGUGGCCUCGGUUUUCUGGGCUCAAACAAUUCUUCGACCUCAGUCUCCCAAGUAGAUGGAACUGUAGGCACACACCACGAUGCCUAGCUAAUUUUUCUUUUUAUUUUUUGCAGAGACAGGGACUUGCUUGUUUCCCAGGCUGGUCUCAAACUCCCAGCCUCAAACAAUCCUCCCACCUUGGCCUCCCAAAAUAUUAAGACUACAGGUGUGAGUCACUUCACCUGGCCUGCUGAAUCUAUUAAGGGUGAUAAUUUUAUGAAUAUUUUCUGAGAUGAGACACUGAUCAUAUCACCAAAUAUCCUAUUCCUUCCUUACAAAACAAUCAAAAACUUACUUUAAGUAUUUUUUAUUUUUUGAGACAGAGUUUCACUCUAGUUGCCUAUGGCUGGAGUGCAAUGGCACAACCUCUGCUCACUGCAACCUCUGCCUCCCGAAUUCAAGUAGUGAUUCUCCUGCCUCAGCCUCCCGAGUAGCUGGGAUUAUAGGUGCUCGCCACCUCACCCAGCUAAUUUUUUUUGUAUUUUUAGUAGAGACAAGGUUUCACCAUGUUGGCCAGGCUGACUUGAACUCCAGAACUCAGGUGAUGCACCCGCCUCGGACUCCCAACGUGCUGGAAUUACAGGCUUGAGCCACAGUGCCUGGCCAUCUGAGGUCUUUUGUGUUGUUCUGAUUCCUCUAUGAAAAAAACAAGCAUUUUUUUCCACCUAAUGAUUAUUUCUACAGUUUUCUCCAAAAUAUUCAUUCUAAUUAGCUCUUAUCUUCUCCAAAAUUAACCCACUAAUGCUGCUUUGGUUUACCUAGCUGAUUUUAAAGGAGUUUCUCAAAUUCCAUUUCCAAAUUGAAUAUAAUUUUCUCAUUUUAAUAGCUUAGUUUCUAAAAGAAUCUCCAAAUAUCUAGUACAUUUAUUUAUAUUUUGAAACAGACAAAGAUUACAUUAAUUUAUUUAUCAAAUACAUCACAUUGUCAUAUGGUGUGGAACUUGUGAUCAAAUAAAACUCUCAAGGAUUUUCUCACAUAAAUCUCUGUGAAAACUCAUAUGUUUAUGAAAGCAAUGUUUAGUGCUAUGAAGUCAUCUAUUGUGCACCUUGAUUUUAGCAUUGAUUAUUUUAUUUCAUAUUCAUUCUAGUUUAUAUGCUCACUAUUCUUCUUCUUCCUUCCCAUAUAGAUAUGUACUGAGAAGAAAUCCUGAAUGUUGGCACAAAAGUUCAUUAAAACAAUGUCUAAUGCUUAUUAUCAUGUCUAAUAAGUAAAUAGAUAGACAUACAUCUUGUAAAGACAUAUUUAACAAAGUUAAUUAAGUCUUACUCCUAUUAAAUUUAUCCUAGGGUUUGAAUCUUUUGAAAUAAACUUAUAUUGUAAA